AUGUCGUGCCGCUCCCAAAGCGACGAGUACAAGUCAGCCUUGACUGACCGCUUCACUGAUCUCAUCGAUCCAACGCCAUUCGACAUCCAGAAUGCCGAAGUGUUUGAGCAUCAACCACUUCAGGAUCCCAGUACGGAACUUCGCUAUCUUUACCUGCUUCCAAAGACACAUAACGUCGACCAUGAUGGACACACCAUCGCCCGCUGUCAGCUUCACUCAGAUGCUGAAGAGCAAGUGCCCCGCUACAUCGGCUUGUCUUACACAUGGGGGAACCCUGACCUUCGACGUCCGAUCCUUGUCGGCGACAAGAUCUUCCAUGCUACUGCAAAUCUUGCCAUCGCUUUGGAGCAUCUGCAAGACGACAAAAAGACAAUCAUAUUCUGGAUAGAUGCCAUCUGUAUCGACCAAAGCAACCUGAGCGAGAAGAGCAUACAAGUUCAACGAAUGGGCAAUAUCUUCGCGUCUGCCGCUCUUGUCCUUGCUUGGCUUGGACCUGCAGCAGAUGAGAGUGAAUUGGCACUACGAGAACUGUCUCAGCAAGAGACCUCCGCAUUCGAUCUGUCAACUUCCGCGAUGGUCACUCAGCAAGAAGAAGCGAGGAUUAUGCUAUCUCUGGACACUGUCCGUCAAGCGCUUGAUGACAAAGAGCGAUGGGGUCAUGAGGAUGCUGAACGAGCUGUAUUCGAUCUCUCAAGUGGUAUGUCAAUGUUCAGGACCUUCAAUUACGAUGAUAGGAUAUGGGAAGGCGAUUUGUACGAGUCAUAUAAAGCUUUCCGGGGCCUUGAGGCUCUACCCAGCGAUGUGGCAGACCCAAGGCAGUGGCGAAGAGAAGCGAGCCGUGCCUAUCUCAAAGUUCUCCAGGAGCCGAGUGUCAAGAAUCUCUUCGUGACUGCUGCAGAUAUCGUCGGUACAAGUCAGGACAAGGUGCAGCCCGGAGAUUGGAAGGGGGCUUUUAUCGGAUAG